AUGCGCGAUUCUGAUUUAAUUGGGCUUAUAAACUCAGUACAACUAACUCUCAAGGAUGCAAAGUACAAAAGUGAUCAAGUUCUCACCGUUUUAUGCAUGUAUGCUGAGGGAAAAAUUGAGCGCCAACUCUGCGUUUAUAUUAUUUUCUCUCUUUUGCGUACAACACCAGAAUUACAGCAACAAUUUGCCGAAAUCGUUGAAGAACCACCGCCACCAGCAACAAACACAGGCGCUUUCAUUCAUGACAUUUUCAUCAACACAAUUAUCGAGUUUGAACUGUGGCCAGGAACGGUUGACCGUUUCUUGCACAGGAUGCGUGACGUAUUUGUCGGAAAAAUAUCACUUUUCGACACAUUUAUCGAUCUAGAAUACAUCAAGCCAACAUCAGGUCCAUUUUGGCUUCUUUGGGACAUUUUCGAACCAAUUUCACAAACAAAUCACUUCAUACAACUGAUUUACGAUGGAUGCGUUGAUUCAACGCUUAUUCCUUUGCAUUUGAAAUACGAUAUUAAGCCUUCAGAGUUUGAUAACGAUCCAUCACUCGUUACACCAGAUUCCAUCAUAGCAUCUGAUCUCGUGUGUACCUACGAGAAAGAUAUCAAACCAGCGUAUCGUCCAAUUGGUCCAAGUCGCAUAGGCAGUUAUGGCUUGCUUGUACGCAGCCUUGUUAACUGCAAGUGCUCAGGACGUCAUGUCAAGGAUUUUGAAGUCCUAAAUGACAGAUGGGCGACAGGAGCUGCUGGAUUAGACGUCAUUUUCUGUGCUGUCCGUAAAAAUCAAUACGAAGAGAGGUUGUUUAUGAAUGAAGAUGAAAGAAUCGAGCUUGACGUUCGAAUUUCAAGGAUGAGAAAUACAAUGCAGCAUCUUUAUACGCUUUACACAGCUCUUUCAGAUCCAAACUCACAAGAAGCGAAAGAUAUUGUCAUUGAUGAGAAGACAUUCCCCAAGUAUAACCUUACAGAACUAGAUAUGUAUACUAUUUCCGAAAUAUUCGGUUACGACAGACUAGAAGAAUUUUCAGACAGAAUCAGACGCAAACCACUCGAAAUUUUACCAAUCAUACGAACAGAAAUCGAAGAAAAAAUUACAUCUCUUACAGAAUUCCGACGAUCAAAGGAAGCGGAGUACUACGACCUUAACAAACGUAAUAGUCGCCGCUCCCUCGACGUCAGACAUGAACCACAUGUUACUCCAAACGUUAACAUUGAAGAUCCAAUGGCAAAAUUACGGAAUGGCCAAACAGCCAAGGAGUCAUUCCGUCGCGAAAUCAUCGAUACAGUUGGUGAGAUCCUUAUAAAGUCCGCCCAACAAACAGUUUCCAAACAACAAUCAGAUAAUGUUGAAUACAUCGUUGGUUACGUCAAAAUCGUACUCGGAGUUCUUCAAGCUCCAGAACUAACCCGCCAACUCGUCUUCCACGCGUAUCCUGCUACAACGGAAUCUGAUAAUUUCGACAAAAGACAGUUUUGCCUCACUCCCGACAUGUACAGGUUCAUGAACCUCUACUACCUUAUCUGCGAUUGUGUCUACCACAUCAACAGCCAAGCCGCGUCAUCUCCUCUCAACGAUGGCGCUUCAGUUCGUGGUUUACAAGUUGCUGUUAAACUUGGCCACAUUUCUGCUUCGAAUUUGGCACCAACACGAACUGAAAUUCUCCAAGAAUCAAUUCCACAGUGUGUUGCCAGUGGAAAAUCCACUCCAACGCUUGAUUCUUUGUUCGAUAUGCCACAGCCAUUUGUUUUGAACUCAUUAGAUUCACUUAGAAAGGCAAUUCACAUGUUUAUAAAGAUUGCCAAUCAGUGCUGUUCUGAUGAGCUUAGUUCAAAGAUCGUUGAGGCCGUGAGAAUACCAAAGAACACUGUCUACAACGCGUAUUGCUGUGAGAACUUGUCACAGAAUUUGUAUGUAAAAUGCGAUGUGACACAAAAAGACACAAAAAUCAGUUUGAUGUACAAAGCUGAAGUUCCAAGACUGUUCAAAGUAACAAGAGGAAUGUCUAUUAAAUGUCUGAGAGGAUUCGGACCUGUUGCUUUGCCUCAUUCUUUGAUUACUGAGAUGCAAACUAAUUUACUCGGAACAAGGAGAUGCAAAGGACAGAUAAGAAAAAGUUUUGGUUCAAGACCUGCUGCAAACUCAAUCAUGUUCAGACUUGGCGUUGAAGGAGUUGAGAUCUAUGAUAAGGGUUCGGAUUUGAUAAAACCAAGAGAGAAUCCACAAAUAGGUAAUUAA